AUCGAGAAUGCACAGCAGAAGCCUACGUGGUGCAUCCCUAGAGGCCCUCUCACCUCUCCACACUCUUUUAAGCAUUCGAUCAGGCUGAGUAGUAGCCGUCAACCCACUUCUCCGAAUCCUCACUAUCCCAAACCUCACCACCUCAAACCCUUCCAUAACUCUAUUCCCACACCCAAAAUGGCCGACGAACCUCCCAGAAACCUCUUUACAACCGUCUUCCGUCCCCAUUCUCCCUUCUCCUCUUCCUCCUCCUUCUCCUCCGCCCCACCCCCCUCCACCCACUUCCCCGACGGCACCCCCCGCACAAUCUACCGCAGCAAGAACAACACUACCGGCGCCGAAUUCUCCUGCACCGCACCCGCCGGCUCCAAACACGCACAGGCAAUGCGCGAACUAUGCGCCAGCGUGCAGGGCGUCGGACUUCCCCAGGCAUCGCAGCCACAGCCACAACCGCGAUAUCAGCGGCAGCUCCCUACCACCAGUUCAGCGCCGGGGAUGACCACCGACGCCCAUGACGCUCAAGUGCAACGUCAGACGCAGGCGUUUGAAGAGGGAAGAGGGGGUGGUGGCGCAGGCGUCAUCCGCACCGUCUCGAAAGCCGCGGCGGGGUCGCGGCGGAAUCCGCGGCCGCCGAAGCUGCAGUAUCGCAAUGGUAGCGGUAGCGCGAGCGCGGCGGAGGGCGGGACGGUGUUCAGACGCGUGGAAGACGAGAGGAGCGUGACGUUUGUGAGUAAGUCGGCGCAGGGGGAGGUGUUUGUGGCGGCGCCGAAGGGGAGUCAGGAGGCGGAAGCGCAUGAGAGGAUGGCGAGGGGAUUGAAUGGUGGUGAACGACGAGAGGGGGCGGUUAAGGCUGUGAGUAGUGGGCGGCGGUGGGCUAUUGGGUGGCUGGGUUCGUGA